AUGAAGGCGGAGCUAAAUUUACCGGCGGGAUUCCGAUUUCAUCCGACGGACGAAGAGCUUGUUAAGUUUUAUCUUUGCCGGAGAUGUGCAUCGGAACCGAUUAACGUUCCGGUUAUCGCAGAGAUUGAUCUUUACAAAUUCAAUCCAUGGGAGCUUCCAGAAAUGGCUUUGUACGGAGAGAAAGAGUGGUAUUUCUUCUCACAUCGAGACCGGAAAUACCCAAACGGUUCACGACCAAACCGGGCAGCUGGAACGGGUUAUUGGAAAGCGACAGGAGCUGAUAAACCGAUUGGUAAACCGAAGACAUUAGGGAUUAAGAAAGCACUCGUCUUCUACGCAGGGAAAGCUCCCAAAGGGAUAAAAACGAAUUGGAUUAUGCACGAGUAUCGUCUCGCUAAUGUUGAUCGAUCUGCUUCUACGCACAAGAAGAACAAUUUACGACUUGAUGAUUGGGUUUUGUGUCGGAUUUACAAUAAGAAAGGAACAAUGGAGAAGUAUUAUCCGGCGGAUGAGAAAACGACGGCGAUGACUUCUACGUCGGACUCGAAAUGCUCAAGUCACGUGAUUUCGCCGGACGUCACGUGCUCCGAUCACUGGGAGGUUCAGAGCGAGCCCAAAUGGGUUGAUCUCGACGACGCCGCGUUUGACGUGUCCAUGUUUGGCUCCAUCGACUUAUUACAAAAUGACGCUUUUGUCCCUCAGUUUCCAUACGAGUCCGAUUUCGCCACACCGUUUCAAGACCCACCGGAGCAGAAACCGUUUGCGAAUUGGAGCUUUGCUCCUCAGGGGUAA